GAGCCCAGCAUGGUGAUGGCCGAGCCCCGGCGGCCCCCGGCGCUGCUGCCCCGCGGGCUCGGGCCCGUCCGCGUCGGCUUCUACGACAUCGAGGGCACGCUGGGCAAGGGCAACUUCGCCGUGGUGAAGCUGGCGAGGCACCGCAUCACCCGCAGCGAGGUGGCAAUAAAAAUCAUUGACAAAUCUCAGCUGGAUGCUGUGAAUCUGGAGAAGAUCUACAGGGAGGUGCAGAUAAUGAAGUUGCUCGACCACCCACACAUCAAUCAAACUCUACCAGUUUGUUUAGGAGGAGCCAUGCUGUACCUCGUGACAGAAUGCAAAAAUGGGGAGAUUUUUGAUUACCUGGCCAGCCACGGGCGCCUGAGCGAGCCCGAGGCGCGGCGCAAGUUCUGGCAGAUCCUGUCAGCAGUGGAAUAUUGCCAUGGCAGGAAAAUCGUGCACAGGGACCUCAAAGCUGAGAACCUCCUGCUGGACAACAACAUGAACAUCAAAAUAGCAGAUUUUGGCUUUGGGAAUUUCUAUAAGAGCGGGGAGCCUCUGACAACGUGGUGUGGGAGCCCCCCCUACGCAGCCCCAGAGGUGUUUGAAGGGCAGCAGUACGAGGGACCCCAGCUGGACAUUUGGAGCAUGGGGGUGGUGCUCUAUGUGCUGGUGUGUGGAGCUCUGCCCUUUGAUGGACCCACCCUGCCCAUCCUGAGGCAGAGAGUGCUGGAGGGAAGGUUCAGGAUCCCUUAUUUCAUGUCAGAAGAGUGUGAGCACCUGAUCAGGAGGAUGCUGGUCCUGGACCCCUCCAAACGUUUGAGCAUUGCUCAGAUCAAGGAGCACAAGUGGAUGCUGGUGGAGGUGCCUGCCCAGAGGCCAAUCCUGUACCCAGCAGGGGAGGAGAACGAGCCCCUGGGCGAGUACAACGAGCAGGUGCUGAGGCUGAUGCACAGCCUGGGCAUAGACCAGCAGAAAACUCUGGAGUCCCUGCAGAACAAGAGCUACAACCACUUUGCUGCCAUCUAUUACCUGCUGGUGGAGAGGCUCAAGUCGCACAGGAGCAGCUUCCCCGUGGAGCAGCGCGUGGACGCGCGGCAGCGCCGGCCCAGCAGCGUGGCCGAGCAGAGCCUGGCCAAGGCCCAAGCUGUGGUGCCCUCAGUGAACCUGCACUCCCAAAAUCCGAGGUUGCUGCAGUCCCCAGGGCUCCCCUCAGCCUCAGGAGCUGAAACCUUUUCCUUCCCCCCCUCCAGCUGCCAGGGAGAAGCAGCUUUUAUGGAGGAGGAAAGGGUUGAGACACCAAAGGUGAAUGGCUGCCUGCUGGAGCCCGUGCCCCCCGUGGUGCUGAGGAAAGGCUGCCAGUCCCUGCCCUGCAGCAGCAUGGACACCUCCAUCGACGAGGGCAUCGAGGCCCAGGGAGAGCCAGAGGAGGACCCAGGCCAGGCCUUUGCUGCCCUGCAGGCAGCUCGAGGGGGCAAGAGGAGGCACACCCUGGCUGAGGUCACCAACCAGCUGCUGAUGGUGCCAGGCUCAGGGAAAGUGUAUUCCUUGGAUGAGAAUUCCUCGCUGGGCAGCAUCGACUCCGAGUACGACAUGGGCUCCGUGCAGAGGGAUCUGAAAUUCCUGGGGGAGGCUCCUUCCUUGAAGGAGAUGGUGCUGAGCAGCCAGCAGCCCCCAGGGGUGACCUCUCCCUUCCUGGGGCUCAGACCUGCCAACCCAGCCAUGCAGGCCCUGAGCUCCCAAAAACGAGAGGCUCACAACCGCUCCCCCGUCAGCUUCCGCGAGGGCCGGCGCGCCUCCGACACCUCGCUCACCCAAGGAAUUGUAGCAUUUAGGCAGCACCUCCAGAACCUGGCACGAACCAAAGGAAUCCUGGAGCUGAACAAAGUGCAGCUGCUCUAUGAACAAAUGGGAUCAGAGGAAGAGCCUUCCCUGACAUCAGCUGCCACCCAGCUGCAGGACCUCAUUCACAGCCCUGCACAGGAGGAAGGCUCCCAGCAGCAGCAGCAGCAGGGUGCUCACCCCCCGUUGUUAUCCCGGAGGCAGAGCUUGGAGACUCAGUACCUGAAACAGCGGCUCCAGAAGCCCCCUCUGCUCUCCAAAGCUCAGAACACUUGCCAGCUGUACUGCAAAGAGCUGCCCCGGAGUCUGGAGCAGCAGCUCCAGGAGCACAGGCUGCACCAGAAGAGGCUGUUCCUGCAGAAGCAGUCCCAGCUGCAGGCCUACUUUAACCAGAUGCAGAUAGCUGAGAGCUCGUACCCCAGGGCCAGCCCUCUGCCCCUGCCCUGCCCGGAGGAGCUGCAGCCCCAGCAGCAGCAGCAGCAGCAGCAGCAGCAGCAGCCCCAGCAGCAGCAGCAGCAGCAGCAGCCAGCCCAGUUCAGCCUGCAGCAGCCCCUGAGCCCCGUGCUGGAGCCCUCCUCAGGGCAGCUGCACUUUGAGCCUUUCCUCAGGCAGUUCCCCAAGGUGCAGCUGGAGCCCCCCAGCCCGUCCAGGCCGUCCCCAGCAGGGCAGGGCCAGCCCCUGCAGUUCCCUUUUCAGACUUGUGAGCUGCCCUGUGCUGAGCACCACCUGCCCCAGAGCCCUGCAGCACUGCCUGAGAGAGCCAGGGAGAGCCAGAGCAGCUCAGCAGAGGCACAGCCCAGCUACGACCCCCUGGCCCUGUCAGAGCUGCCAGGACUCUUUGAUUGUGAGAUGAUGGAGGCUGUGGAUCCCCAGCACGGUGGCUAUGUCCUGGUCAACUAGCAAAUCAGCACCCAGGAGGGACAAAUGGAGAAGCAUGUGAAUUUUUUGGGGUUUUUUUUAUUUUGGUUUUAUUUUUUUUUUCCUAUUCUCACCCUUGCCCCUUGGGAAUUCAUGGUAGUUUUUCGACCCUUGAAUUGAGAGGGGAAACUAAAAAUUCACCUGGCUGGAAGAAAAGGAAAGAAAAGAAGAAUAAAGGAGCAGGAGGUGUUUGGGCCCUGUGGCCUGGGCUGAAGAAGGGGGAGUGCAGCUUCAUCCCACAGAGUCUGCAAAGAAGGAGGCAAAAAAGGUGAAUUUCAGAGGAAGGAAACAGCCCCUUCCAAAAACAAUUGGGGGAGUUUGUCAGCAUCCAUCCAACAUGCACUUGGAGAGAGGAGAGUGAGUGCACACUUCUCAUACUCCCUGGCAAUAAAAGCAAUAGUUUCAUUGAAAUUCAGGCUGGAUUUGGGUCUGUGCUGAUGGCAGCUGAAAUCCCCUGGAGAAGGAAUUCAAGGGGAGCUGCACUGUGCUUGAGCUCCUGGUCUGGAACUACUCCUGAGCAUCUCAGGCAGCCUCCACUUCUCCUGCUGGCACCUCGAGGAGUUCCCAAACCUUCACUGGCUGCUGGAGGAAUCUGCAGCAAGGGACACCUUGGCUUUGUCAAAAGAAACCUGGGACUGUGUGGAGAGACCUCUGGGUCGGGAUCUGGAGGAUCAAGGAUGAGCCAACAGAGACAGAAGGUAAGAGAGCCAUGAGAAAGCAAGAGCUGCAGGAAAUGCAAUUAAAAAAAAAAAUCCACCAGUGUGGCUUUUAAAAUCACCCCCUUCUGUCCUGGAGAAGUUCUGCUCACUGGAAAGGAUCCACCUGUCCCUGGGUUGCAUUUAAAAAAAAAAACAAACAAACAAAACAAGCAAACAAAACUGUGUUUUGAAUUUGCAGUAUGUGUCGCUGGUGGUUUCUUGAGCUUUGUAUAUUUGGACAAUUAUUUAGGGUUUUAGAACUUUAAGGAUAAAAAAAAACAAUGAGCUUAUAAAAAGUAAAAAAAACACCCCUGUGAAGUGAUAGUGCUGUGCCUUUUUCAGUUCUUUCUCAGCCUAUAUGCUUUUUUCUGAAGAAAGUAGACAAUACCCCAUUUAUAUCCCUGCUGUGGCCAAAGUCCCUUCAGAGCACACGUCCCACCAUGUGGGACAUGUUUAACUUCUCAGUGUUUGAGUGGCUCCUGUAUAUAGGACACUGAAA